GUGGUAAUGCCUGACGAUUGUCCAUUCAUAGUUGUCGGAAAACCGCAGAUAUUGUUCUCUGGAAAAUGGUUGUACGUGAAGGAAACUAAAUUCAAAAAACCCGGGAGUGAUCAUUUGCAGACUAAACCUGAUGGAGUUGAUGUCAUUGCAACACUGAAGAAAAAUGGAAAAAAAUACUUUGUUCUUAUAAAACAAUACCGGUUCCCUCUGGAGGGCUUCUGCAUUGAAUUCCCAGCGGGGUUAAUCGAUCCUGGCGAGGAAGCGCUCCAAGCCGGUCUGCGAGAACUAAAAGAAGAGACCGGAUACACUGCAACCAAAGUUGUUUCUGUCUCCCCAGGGAUUCAAUCUUUGGAUCCAGGAAUUACUGACGAUUCAGUUGUAUUUGUUACUGUGGAGAUUGAUGGGGACGCGCCGGAAAAUCUCAGUCCGAAACAGAGUCUUGAUGAAGGAGAAUCGCUGGAGGUGCUUUUGGUAGAGUGCGAUAAAAUAUUAGAUUAUAUUAAUUCUAUUGCUGGAACUGUCAAUAUUGAAACAAUGGUGUACACUUUCGCUGUUGGAUUUGCGAUGGGUCGAACAUUUUGA